AUGGCCGCUCCGAUCCGUCCACGUUGCUUCCUGGACCUUCAAUAUGGUACCGAUCCUGUAGGUCGCGUCGUUAUCGAACUCUUCACGGAUAAAACUCCAAAAACGUGCGAAAAUUUUCGCUCGUUAUGCACAGCCUCCACCUCACCGUCCCUCCACUACAAAUCCUCAAUAUUUCACCGGGUAAUUGAAGAGUUUAUGCUCCAAGGCGGCGACAUCACUCGAGGCGACGGGAAGGGAGGCGUAUCAAUAUACGGUGAUACCUUCGAAGAUGAAAAUCUCGGGUGGUGUGACAUCGACAAAGAAGGGUUGGUAUGCAUGGCCAAUAGGGGGAAAGAUACCAACAGCUCUCAGUUCUUUAUCACGUGCGCCCCAUGUGAUCAUCUCAACGGAAAGCAUACGGUUUUUGGACAUGUAGUAAGCGGCCUUCAAUUUGUGAAGGAGAUGGAAAAGGUCAGAGUGGAUUCCUCGGACAAGCCUGUGGUGGACGUUAUCAUUUCGAACUGUGGCGAACUUGAGUUCCGGAGGGCGCCGGCGAAGGCGGCUGCGACAAGAACAACGGAUACAAAAACAUCCCGGGAUAGGAAACGACAGCGAAGCCAAAGCCGAAGUCGUAGUAGGAGUAGAAGCAGAAGCAGGAGUAAAAGCGAGAACAGAAGCGGCAGUAGGACUCGGGAUAGGCGUAGAAGCAGAACAAGAAGCCCUAGAGCAAAGCCGGAUCGUCACAAGCGGCAAGAGAGAGAUACAGACUCUCGACAGUCCGGUCGAAGGCACCGGGACCGGACUGGUCGCUCACGUUCACCACGGAGGCACGGGAACGCCUCAACCAAGGAAUCCGCUGUCUCACUUUCACAAAACCGGGAUGUUAGAUCCACAUCUCGCUCACAGUCUCCCGAAAAGCCAAUAUCUCCGACAGGGCAGCGAGAUUCAAGGUCAUCAAGAAACCACCAUAAACCGUCUCGCCGGUCAUAUUCCCGUUCUAGGUCGCGAUCUUAUGACCGUCACGGGCGUGGACGGAAUUAUGAUGACGAUGAGUUUGACUCGGAGGAAGAACGACGGAUUCAACGAGAGGAAGAUGAGAGGGAGUCUAAUCGACGGCAACCGCAAUACCAGCGGUCAUACCGCUCGCCUCCUCGACGUGAUGACAGAUAUUCAGCUGAUACAGGCCAAUCAGAGGUUAAAUUCAAGGGCCGUGGAAGUAUGAAAUAUCGUGAGAAAGGUGGGCACGGAGGCUAUAAUCGGUUCGGCAGGUUAAUCUAG